AUGUUUCUGAGAAGAACAGAAUACGACAGAGGCGUCAACACGUUCUCUCCGGAAGGUAGGCUGUUUCAAGUGGAAUAUGCUGUCGAAGCCAUUAAAUUGGGCUCCACUGCAAUUGGCAUUAAAACCCACGAAGGGGUCAUCCUGGCUGUUGAGAAAAAUGAGAGGUCUCCUCUUGUCGUUCCAGGAAGUAUCCAGAAAAUCAUAGAAAUCGACGAUCAUAUCGGAUGUGUCUUCUCGGGACAUGUCGCUGAUUCGAGGUAA